UAUUUCAAAUGACAUUGACGUUGAGUUAUGAUAAACUUACAUAACAUGAUUUAACGAUGAUUAAAAAAUAGCUAGCUUAAGACUUUUGAGUUUGUUAUUAAAUUUGGUUUUGUUCGUAAAGGAAGUAAAAUUUCUAUGCUGUAUGGCAUGCUUUCAUCUUGUUUUCAGUAUGAAUACUGGAUCACUAAAGCUGGGAAGACUAGUUUCCAAUGACUCACUCGUUGAAGUUUACAAUGAAGCUUUCGAUAUAAAAAACUAUCUUCAAAGUAAAACUUGCGGUGUAAAUGGUCGAGAAUAUUAUGAAGACCCUUUUUAUGUAUGUGAUUUAGACGAUAUUAUUGAAAAACAUUUGAUGUUUUAAAACCUGCUACCUCAAAUAAAGCCGUUUUUUGCUGUCAAAAGUAAUCCGAACCCUGUUGUGAUUGCACUACUGGCAAGACUUGGAGUAAACUUUGACUGUGCCAGUAAAUGUGAAAUUGAAACUGUUCUUGAUUUGGGCGUUAAUCCUGAUAGAAUUAUUUUUGCUAAUCCAUGUAAACAAGAGUCACAUGUCAAAUAUGCUAAUACUAAAAAUGUGAGGAAAAUGACAUUCGACAGUGAAGGAGAACUGUAUAAAGUAAAAGAAAAUUUUCCUGGAGCAGAGCUUGUCUUAAGAAUCAAGGUAGAUGAUUCCAAAUCAACUUUUAAGCUUGGACGUAAGUUUGGUGCAAGUCUUGAAACUACACAGAAAUUGUUGCAACUUGCAAAAGAUCUUGAUUUAAAUGUUAUUGGUGUAAGUUUUCAUGUUGGAACUGGUUGCUAUGAUGCUGCUUUGUUCUACAAUGCAGUGAAGUCCGCAGCAGAUGUAUUUCAACAAGGGGACAUUAUUGGCUUUACUUUCACGUUGUUGGACAUUGGUGGUGGAUUUCCAGGAUUUAAAGACGAAACUAUUUCAAUGGAAAAUAUUGCAGACAAGUUAAAUCUUAGUUUGGCUGAGUUCUUUCCUUCUAAAAGAAAUUUAAGUAUAAUUGCUGAACCAGGAAAAUAUUUUGUUGAAUCGGCAUUUACAUUAUGCUGUAAUGUGAUUUCAGUUAAAGAAGUUAGUAACAAUAACAAAAACGAGCAGUUUAUGUAUUAUUUGAACGAUGGAGUUUACACUUCUUUUAAGGAUGUUUUAUUUGGUAAAAAGUUUAUACCAUUUUUACUUCAAGAAUCGAGCACGAGUUUGUUGUUUAAAAGCAGUCUUUGGGGACCAACCUGCGAUUCAACAGAUUGCAUAUCAGAGGAAAUAUAUUUGCCGAAGCUUUCUGUUCAAGAUUGGUUGUAUUUUAAAAACAUGGGUGCAUACUCAACAUGCUUUGCUUCAAAAUUCAAUGGCUUCAAUCCUCCUGUUAUUUAUUAUGUGAGCUCAAAUAAAAUAGACAAUUUAUUUUCUAUUACUUUGGAUGAUUGAACUUUUGUAAAAGUUUAUUUAGCAUUAAACUAGUUAAUUUUUAAA